CACAGGUUCUAACAAGCCAACAAACACACAUAUUUCAGUGAGUUUUCUCUCCAAGGCCCCGGUCGUUGAAUGCAAGGAUGGAUAACGAAACACAGUUCACCAGACAAGACGAAGCAGAUAGCGAUAGCUACGAAGAUAGUAUAAGAAGUACUACACCAAAGCAAGGAGUCCGUCUACGCGUCGCGAAAGGAGAAGAACUGCUAUCAGGAGGGUUGACUGGAGGCCAAGAAGAAAAAAUUGCUGAAAAUUGGUUAAUGCCUGGGGAUGUCGAGAGCCAUAUGCCGCCUGGGUCUUCCUCUUCCAUGUCCGCUGGUGGUUCAGCAGGAAAUAAUCGACGAAAUCAGCCAAAAAGACCUGCCCAGGUUAUAGAUCACGUUCCCCCUCUUCCUCCUGCCCCGACCCCCACAUACCAUUAUCCGUCUUCCUAUGGUCAGCGUCCUGCUUUCUACGGCAGUGGUCAAUACACGAUGCCCGCCAUAGCUCCAGCUCACGUUCACCACUACCCAUACCCACCCGGACAAGGAUUUCGGGUUCCCGCCGAUCCUGGUAUGUUGUCUCCCAAUGUACACGCGAAUUACCCGUCCAUGAUGACGGCUCCCUAUCCUUACCAACACCAAAGGCAUUCUCCAGAAUGUAACUCUCCUUCCCAGGCCGGUUUCUCAAAUCCGAACAUCUAUGGCCCUCCUCAGCACCAACACGCCAACCCUUCGCCACCGCCACCCUUUACCAAUCAUGGGCAGUUCCACUCUUUACGGUAUCCCUCACCGAUCCCUCAUUCUCCUCCUUACACUGGUUAUCAGACACCCGCCCCGUAUUCUUACCAAUCCCAAUCCCAAUACAGCUACCCCAGGCCUGACUCUGACGGUCAAGGAACAUGGUGGUAUUUACCUGUUGCCCAUCUACCUCAUUACGAGUCUACUCCUCCUCCAUCGGCAUCGUAUCAAGCACCACCGUUUACGAUGGGAUAUUCACCCGUCAACCAUCCACCUCAGCAUCAUGAGACGGAACCGUCGCCUCCGCAUAGGUACCCCAGCUCAGUCACAGUUUCAUCGCCUCCUUCUCUUCCCCAGAAUCACAUCCUUCGCCCCCCCAUACCAUCUGGGUCUUUUCACCCUCCACAGCCGCAGCCUCAGCCUCAGCCACAGCCUCCGCCUCCCGUUUCCCUAUCACCAGCUCCACCACCUCCUGACCCCCCGUCACCACCCAAAGUGGUCGUUCCACCUGAGAGCCGUAAAUCAUACCACCCAAGCCCACCUGCCCACCGUUCUGAAUGGGUGAUGUGGACAGGAAACGUUCCACCUGACGCCACGCAUGACGAGCUUUGGAGGUUUUUCACACAGAAACCGCAGAGCCCACCCGUACAACCGCAAUCACCAUCACCGUUAUCUUUAUCUCCCCAUUCCCAUCCCCAUCCGGUUUCGGGUUCUUCAUCCUCUUCGUCGUCGUAUCAGCACCCGAACCCGAACCCGAAGCCGGGCUCAAAACUAAACUUGAUCCCGAACCCGAUUCCGAACUCGCACCUGAAUUUGAAUUUGAGUCCAGUACGGAACUCGAAUAACGGUGUCGUGUCUAUAUUCCUCAUAUCGCGUUCUUCCUGUGCGUUCGUGAAUUAUGAGAGUUUAUCUACUCUUGAGAUUGCGAUACAAAGGUUUAAUGGAUUACCUCUGCGUUCACAUGAUCCUCGGUGUCCGAGGUUGGUGUGUAGAGUUCGGAAGAAGGAUGAUGAUUUGCGUGCUGGGGUUGGUGGGCAGAGGGGGGUUGGGAUGCAUAUUAGGUAUAUUAGGGCGAAGGAAGCGCGUGAGAGACAACAAAAGAGGGAGGAAGGUUUGGUUGCUAAUUCGACUUCGACUUCGACUUUGACUACUUCGACUAACGCUGUUUCUUCGGCUUCCAUGAGCGAAGAGGACAGUGAAAGUGUUGUUGCUCGUGCGGGGUCUGUGGAUGGUGCUGGUGGUGUAGGACGUGGUAUAGGCAAACGGUUCAUAUCAAGUGGAGGAGGACAGUCGAAUAAUAGUUCGGGAAGUUAUGCGUCUACGACUUCGAGUUUGUUUACGAGGUAUUUUCCGAAGAGGUUUUUUAUUCUCAAGUCGUUGUCUCAGUACGACUUGGACCUCUCCGUUGAAAAGGGCUUGUGGGCAACUCAGAAGCAUAACGAAGGAAUUCUAGACCAGGCAUACCGGACUUCGUCGGAGGUGUAUCUCAUAUUCGGUGUCAAUAGGAGUGGAGAGUUUUAUGGGUAUGCUAGAAUGACAGGCCCGGUGAAAGGCGAACAUGCAGUGUCUUGGGGUCCUCGUACGGACUCUGCAUCUUCCGUUGCCUCAACCCGAUCAUCUCUUUCACCCGUUACCGGACGAGCGUCCGUUCAGGCUGAUACGAUAUUCGAGGAAGGACCAUCUGGUAGUCCCAGAGCCGUCUUUGAACGAUCCUUUGGGGAUAUUCAUACCGGAGCGGGUUCUAGUUCCGCAUCCGCCAAACAGUUCUUCACUGACCAUCUGGUGGAUGAGAGUCCUGCACCUUUGACUGGUAGUUCAUAUUCUGCUGCUGCUGCUGUUACGCCACCUGUGUCUUCUUACGCCGAACGAAGAUCUGCACCGGCGGAGCUUAAGGAUCAUCAUAAGAAGAUCACGUUGCAGACGCCUGUUAUGAAGUUUAGUUUGGAUUAUCCGAAGAUGAAGGGGAUGGGAACCAGUAGGUCGAUGGGGGAGGGGAUGGGGAAGGCUAUUACGACGAUCCCACCGGUUUUGCAGAGAGAUUUUCAGUUGGAUGAGGAGGCGCCUGUUAGGGCUAUGAAGCGUCCGAGUGGUAGUGGGAGUGGGAGUGGGAGUGGGAGUAGUAGGAGCUCGAGUGAGGGGAGGGAACCUUCUGGUCAAGUGGACGGUGUUGUGGGGAAGGGGGGACAGAUGCAUUCGCCGGGUGAACUAGGCCCUUCGGGUCAAGUGGACGGUGUUGUAGGGAAAGGGAAACAGUUGUCGCCCUCGCUCUCGCCAUCGUCAUUUCCACCAGGUGUUUCACCACCCCCUUCUGGUUCUUCGCCGCCUGCGCCUGUACCUCCACCUGCAGCAUCGCCUCGGGCUGGUAAAGAAAAGGAUCGAGAAGAAUCGUGGGGAGAUUCUUUUAAAGUCGAAUGGAUCCAAACAGAGAGGUUACCGUUCUAUCGAACGAGGCAUAUUAGGAAUCCUUGGAAUCAUGAUAGGGAGAUCAAGGUUUCUAGAGAUGGAACGGAGCUUGAGCCUGGUGUGGGGCAGCAGUUACUUGAUGAGUGGGAGAGGUAUGUUAAGGAGAAGGAGGAGAAGGAGAAAGGGGUAGAUGGUGUGGUUGGUGGGGAAGAGGAUGUUGAAGGAAAACCAAAGUAUACUCCUUCUGUGGUUGGGGUUUCUUCUUCGACGAGGAAGUCUGCUGUUGGGAAGAGGAAUGGAUAAAGGGCGGGGAGGGCCGAGCGGUCAUCUUCAAGCGGCGCUGAUAUCUAUUCUCUCUCUUUUUUUGAUUGACGAAGUCCAUGACGUGCGACUAAAACCCGACCUGAACAAACAUACACGAUAAACUCCCCAACACGGAACCGCUUUCAGUUCAUCGUCUAAAUGGCGCGAGGGGAAUACUUCCAAGAACGUCUUGUUUGGCCAUCCUCGGGCUCGUCCGCACUUGGAAUGUCAGCAGCAGGUAGAAGAGAGAGAGGAAGAAAGAAGAAGGGUGAGGGAGGGGAAGGGAGCAGAGCGAAGAGAAAGAGGAUCGAGGCAGGAAAAAAAAACAUUUGUCGGAAAAAACACGCAGCUCAACCGUCCACCAAAUAAAAUCCAUCAUUCAUUCACUCUUUUUGAAUUCAUUUUUUCUUCUUGGUUAACGCAAGACAACGGAUCCUGCUUGUCAUUCACGAUACAAGUCACUCGUUUAAAAUUCAAACUUCCUUUUUACUCCAAUAUCGUUCCUCGCGACUUUUUCCGUGGAGGUUUAUUACUUUGCUUUUUUUGUUCUCUGUGGGUUGGGGUUCCGUUGGUUGUGCUAUCCCGCAUUCCAUUUUCUACCCCGUCACAAAUAUUUACCGACCCAAACCAAGUCUUUCCCCCCCCGUCCCCUACCACCACACGCUGUCUUACCUCUCUUGUUUUUUGGGUUUUCCUUUUGGGUUUUCGGUUUUAGGCUUUUUUCUGCGUAACACCAGCAUCGAUUUGUAGCUAUAGACAUCAUCUCUUUCCUUUUUUUUGUGCUUUUUCAUAUCUCACAUCCACGACAAUUACUGUACUGCUUGGGUACGACUGGCAUGCAAUAUACACGGAGCGCCACGAUGAAAAUUUCUUUCUGAAC